GGGAGCGAUACACUCUGGCAGCGUCUAUAUGCUCGGGAAGCUCGCGGAGACUCAUCUGCCGACGAGGUCAACCCAAGGCUGGAUAAAAAUAAAGAGGGAUAUAAACAAAAAACUACCAGGAUUUUUUUAAACUCUGGAUUACUUGAAAAUGGCUGAAUUAUCGUUAUUUCUAACACUUUUAAUGCUCCGCCUGGAUAUAUUUGGAUAGACAACUCCACAAUAUGAACUUCGGUCGCCGAUAAAGGAACCAAGCAAAAUAACUUAUAUCAAGAACAUCGCGCGUAUUAUUUUCCGCAUCUUCCGCACACAUAAUGGUAGGCUUAAGUUUACCACUUGAUAUUCAUGAGUAGUAGACAUGUUUUCUUUUUUUUGCGCUCUAGCUUUUCUCUAGUGCCUGUUGACGAGGUGAUAUCAGUGGAUACUGGAGAAGCAGCUCGCGGGCUACCUGAUCUCUUCAUGCACAAAAGAAAGACACGAGCUAGUGACAAAGAAGCUUGUCGUGCUCACCAUUACGCUUUCUGACAGGGUUGUGAGUUUUCUGACCAAGGUUCCAAAAUGUUUCUUCUAUGUGCGUUAGUCUAUUUCAGGUGCCUUUUUGACGCAUGAUUAGCCUAACUUAUUACGCAGUAGGCCUACUGAAGUUCUGAUGUUAGGCUAUUAUUAAACUGCAAAUCUGUUGAAUAUGUCCUAUAGUUUGUGUUUGAAAUUAUAACAUUGUACUUAAAGUUGUUUAUUUCAUUGCUCGAGGCUGCGUUGUAAGACUGUUGGAAUUCAGCCGGUUGGCUAAGCCAGACCAGGGCUCAGACCUAACCAGUAUGACUAUUAGUGGAGUGGACGUCCUGCAGGAAUCGCUAUGCCACGCUCCGUUUUAAAGGAGCACAACCCAGCACUGUCAGCCCCUAAUGCCCAAAUGUCUCCCCGCUCCAGUGUUGCUGCGUGACCCAGUCACAUGUCUAGAAUGAGCACGGAUCUAGAGCGUAUGUCGCUCAACUCCUCCUCGGCCAACUCGGUGGCCUCGAGUGCCCGCACGCUGUCAGCCAAUGUCAAGAAGCUGCACAACGCGCUCAACCUGCUGCUCAACGAAUUGGAGCGGGAGCAGUUCAUCCACUGCCUCAACGUGUACCACUCCAAGCGUAAUGUCUACGACCUGGUUCAAACACUUAAAGUCAUUCUCAAUGCGCCCAGCAAACGCCAACUUCUGCCCAUGCUACGGCAGGUCAUUCCCCGCUCAGACCAGCUUUUGUUUGACCAGCACACCUCGGAGGGCCUUUAUUUGAAAUCGGAUUUACUUGCCAGAAAUGGGAGCGCCGAAGCGUUGGGCGAAGUUCCCAGUGGGAGUCCAACUCCUCCUGGGCAUUUCUUGUCAACACCUCCCGGAUCUCAAGUUGCGAUGCGCGGCUCUCCGGAUAGUUUCAGCACCAGCAGUGAUGGGACAGCUCCCCUCGUCCCGCUGCUCGGGAGAGGCUUUCUGCACGAGCCUCCAGGAGAGGUUCGACAGGUGACCCUGAAACGGCACAAGAGCAACGAGGGCUUGGGUUUCAGUAUCCGCGGAGGCUCGGAGCACGGGGUCGGGAUCUAUGUGUCUCUGGUGGAGCCGGGAUCCCUGGCCGAAAAAGAGGGACUAAGGAUUGGGGAUCAGAUUAUGAAAGUCAACAACACAGUGUUCGAUAAAGUCACGCAUGCUGAAGCAGUGAAGGUGUUGAAGGGCAGUAAGAAGCUGUCCCUGUGGGUGCGGUCGGUGGGGCGUAUCCCGGGGGGUUAUGUCACUAACCAUGUGUACACCUGGGUGGACCCUCAGGGUCGCAGUGUGACCCCUCCCCCUGACCUCCCAGAGCACCGCAGUGCCACCCUGAGACGCAACGACAGCCAGCGACGCAGCAACAUGCAGCUACUGCAGGAGGGAGACGAGAAGAAGGUGAACUUGGUAUUGGACGAUGGCCGUUCGCUGGGUCUGAUGAUCCGGGGGGGGGCAGAGUAUGCCUUGGGGAUCUACAUCACAGGAGUGGACCGGGGCUCUGCUGCAGAGUGUGGAGGACUCAAGGUGGGUGACCAGAUCCUGGAGGUGAACGGGCGCAGCUUCCUGGGCAUCCCACACGACGAGGCGGUGCGCAUGCUCAAGUCGUCGCGCCACCUGAUGAUGACGGUGAAGGAUGUGGGGCGCCUGCCGCACGCCAGGACGGUGGUGGGGGAGACCAAGUGGAUCACUAGCUCCCAGAUAGCAGAGAGCUCCGCCAGUGGCAGCGUGGCCGGCUUGUCCAUGGACCAAGGAGCCUCUGCAUCAGGAAAGCCGGUGUUCUAUAAGGGUGUGGCGGGCUCCCAGGUGACCCUCUCCAGCCUGGUGAACCAGAGCAGAGCCAUGCUGGAGGAACAGGCCCGCCACCUGCUGACGGAGACUGAGAGGCAGACCAUGGGCUACUACAUGGAGGAGUACCGAGACGGACACAUAGGGGUGGAGCAACUAGUCAUGGCCCUGUUUGAAUUGCUCAACACACACGCCAAGUUCUCCCUGCUAUCAGAGGUGCGUGGCCUGGUGACGCCCCAGGAUCUGGAGCGUUUCGAUGGGAUGGUGCUGCGCCGCGAGAUCCAGGCUUUGAAGGCCCGGCAGGGGGGUGCCAGUGCGGCCGCCCUCCACCCUGACUCCCUCUCCAUGGUUUCCUACCCAGAUACCUUGGCCUCCUCGUCAGCCAGCUACAUGACCUCCACCACCCUCAGCUCAGCACGGAAUGACAGUACGGUGGAGAGUAAUGGGGGGGAUACUCAGGAGAGUCUGGAUGCGCUGCCUGACAUAUCUCUGGUGAGCCUUGAAGAUGAGGUGCACUCCACGUCCGAAUCUCCCCCCACCUUCAAACCCCCACCCCCUCCAGGGGUGCAGAGACGCCCCAGCAGACGGGACCAGGUCAAAAAGCUUCCCUCCUCCGAAUCCUCCCAUUCUGGGCUCUACUUCACCGCCCCCUCCCGUAACCCCAUUGACCAGAGGGGGGAGCAAGGGCCCCCCUCCUCAACCAAGGUCCCCCCCAAAAAGGAUCCCUCAGUCCCCCCUAAGAGGGAACCCUCUGCCCCCCCUAAGAAGGAGAUGGCAACUGCCCAGCUCUCCAUGGUCAACAAGCACCCUAUAGGCCCCUUCCCCCGAGUCCAGUCCCCUACUAGGACCACCAAGCCUGCCGCCCCCUCUCCAUCUCCACCCCCUCCGCCGCCGCUCACUGCCCCAUCCGCACCCCCUCCGCUUCCCCACAGCCAGGACAAGUCCUCCCCUGGCUCCAACAAACAGCACUUUGUCAUGGUGGAGGUCCAUAGGCCCAAUGCAGAGUCUGAUGUCAACGAGGUGCGGUCACUGCCCCAGGCACGAGGUGCCAACCUGUCCCAGCUGUCAGACAGUGGACAGACGCUGAGCGAGGACAGCGGGGUGGACAUUGGCGAGUCAGGGCGUUUCAGCAAGGAAAGCAGUCCGCGUCCCGCCCGCAUACGCCCCCCACGACAUCCCCAGGGGGCAGGAGGGGACACCCCCGCCAAACCGCCGGGUCUCUUGGAGCCCACCUCCACACUAGUGAGGGUGGCAAAGAGUGCCAGCACCCUCGGCAUCGCCAUCGAAGGGGGUGCCAACACUCGCCAGCCCCUGCCACGCAUCGUCACCAUACAGAGGGGCGGCUCGGCGCAUAACUGCGGGCAGCUGCGGGUGGGUCAGGUGAUCCUGGAGGUGAACGGGGUUUCCCUGAGGGGACGGGAGCACAGGGACGCCGCACGCCUCAUCGCAGAGGCCUUCAAGACCAACGAGAGAGACCACGUGGACUUCCUGGUCACCGAGUUCAACGUGGCGCUAUAGGAAGAAGUAGAGGAGGUAGAGAGAGAGAGACUUGUCAUGGAGAAAGAAGGGAUGAGGUAUAGGCACAGCAGAGGUAGAGAGGAGAGGGGGGCUGUUGGGGCAAAGUGGCAUAGGCCUACAUACUGUAUUUUACAUGGGUUCAUCUACCAACUACCCUUGUUCCCUCCACCUUAGUAUCCUCCAGUUUAAUUCAAGCUUUAGCCCACACAACUAGACAUGGAUACAGUUGCACUCUAAGUUGAGUUGCACCCAUGAGAUUUCGGUAACACUUUACUUGACAGGCAGUUUCAUGACACAUUCAUAACCAUGUCAUAAUAUGUCAUAACAGCUGACAUAACUUGUCAUAACCUGUCAUAAUAUGGUCAUAACACUGUCAUGACCCAUAUAUUUACACCUGUUGUGACAUAUUUUGCGUUAUUUUAUGGCUGGUUAUGACACUUAUAUAAGGGUGUCAAAAUCCACAUUUAUUGAAAUGUAUUUUUUCCCUGCCAAGAAGUUUCCUUUUGUUUGAAAGUUUGUUUCUUAAAUCCUUUGUUUUAA